AUGUUCGGAACUGAUUGGCUGGGGUUGUUUGAUUUAGGGGACCACCCCAUAAAUCUGUUUUGUAAAAACAUAAAUGAUUGUUCUUCCAGUAAGAAUACGGCAUCAGAUGAAUUGAAGAAAAAAAUUUUAAAUGCUUUUUCUGAAAUACUGUCGGAUAAAUUAGGUUUGCGUACUAAGACUGAAGCAUGUUUCCAAAUUAAGGAAAAUGCAAUACAAGUGUUCAAACCAAAAAGAACGGUACCUUUUGCUGCGAUAAAGCAUGUCGAUGAAGAAUUAGACAGAUUAGAGAAAAUUGGAGUCAUCCAAAAAGUGGAAUAUGCAAAAUGGUCAGCUCCAACAUCGUGUAUUAAAAAAAAAAAAAAAAUUAAGGUUUGUUCCAAUUUUUUCACUGGAUUGAAUGAAUGUGUGGAAAUGUGUCACUAUCCGCUACGUACUCCGGAGGAUAUUUUUACGAAGUUAAAUGGGGGCACGAUAUUUUCAAAACUGAAUAUACAUAAAGGACUAUAUAAAUAUGACAGGUUUCCAUUUGGUCUAAAGGUUGCACCUACAAUUUUUCAACAGGUUAUGGAUGCAGUGUUAGCAGACUGUGAAUUCACAAUUCCAUACCUGGAUGAUAUAUUAAUUAAAAGUGAAUCUCGUGAUCAGCAUGUCGAGCAGGUAAAAUGUGUUUUUUGA